AUGCGCCGAAGCCAAGCCGAUCAGGGACGGGUCCACGCCGACGGGACCUGCCCGGGACUCAGCCGCGCCAGCCCAGGAUGGCCUAGUGUAGUCAGUUUAGCGGGCAGUCAACCACCUCAACAGUCGCUGCACCACAGGCAGGGCCAAGUAUCGGUCAAGUACCCGCCUCUGUCUGGUACUAACCUCCUGCUAGCAGCUUACUGCCCUAAUCCCUCCCGAUGUCCGGCCGUUUCGUCAGAGCGUCGAAGUAUCCCGCGACUGCUAGGACACGUCUUCGGCAAGCCCACGCGCAAGGAGUUCUGCUAUGACAACCUCCGCAUCAGCCACAAUGCCUGGGACACCAACCUCAUAAAGGCCAACCCCGAGUACUUGGCCGUCAACUGGGAGUCGAGCGGUGGUGGCGCCUUCGCCGUCAUCCCCCUCAACGAGCGCGGCAAGCUUCCCGACCAAAUACCGCUGUUCCGUGGCCACACCGCCGCCGUCCUCGACACUGACUGGAACCCCUUCAACGACCGCUUGAUCGCCUCUGCCUCCGACGAUGGAAAGGUGUUUGUCUGGCAGGUUCCCGAGAACUUCACCCUCUAUACAGACGCCGAAGAGCCAGCCGAUGUCUCACCCCUCAGCAAGCUCUCUGGCCACACGAGAAAGGUCGGCCAUGUCCUCUUCAACCCCGCCGCCGAAAACAUUCUCGCCUCGUCCUCCGGCGACUUGACGGUCAAGUUCUGGGACGUCGAGACCGGCCAAGCCCCCAUCACCAUCAAGCACCCCGACAUUGUGCAGUCUUUGUCGUGGAGCGCCAACGGCACCAUGCUUGUCACCACCUCUCGCGACAAGAAGCUGCGCGUGUGGGAUGUGCGCCAGCAGUCUGCAGUCCACGAAUACCAGGGCCACGAGGGCGCCAAGAACAGUCGCGCUGUAUGGCUUGGUGAACACAACCGUAUCGCUACCACUGGUUUCUCCAGGAUGAGUGACCGUCAGGUUGCCCUGUGGGAGCCUGGCAGGAAGGACCCCAUCGGUGGUUUCACCUCGCUCGACUCCAUCUCUGGUGUCUGCAUGCCUUUCUGGGAUGACGGCUCUAACUGCCUGUACCUUGCUGGCAAGGGUGAUGGCAACAUUCGUUAUUUCGAGUACGAGAACGACAAGUUGGAGUUCCUGGCCGAGUACAAGUCUGGUGACCCCCAGAGAGGUAUUGCUUUUGUGCCUCGCCGUGGUGUCAACGUCCACGAGAACGAAAUCAUGAGGGCAUACAAGACCGUCAACGAUCAGUACAUCGAGCCCAUCUCCUUCACCGUGCCCCGUCGUGCCGAGACCUUCCAGUCCGACAUCUACCCCCCUGCGACCGGCCUCAAGCCCGCCGUGUCCGCCCAGGAGUGGUUUGACGGCAAGGACGGCAUCCCGGCCAAGAUCGACAUGGAGAGCAUCUACGAGGGUACCGCACCCAGGGAAGUUCCGGCCGAUUACAAGCCUCCCACUGCUGUCUCGUCUCCUAUCCAGCCCCCCGUGUCCAAGAUGGAAUCCACGCCCCCACCCGCUACUCGUGUGCCCACGUCGACCGUGGCGGACCAGAAGGCCUCCAUGUCCGCUAUUGCAAACAAGUUCCAGGAUAACGAGGACGCCGAGCCAAGUGAGGGCGAGUCCUCUCCCUUCGAGGAGGUUUCGCGCCCCGCUGCUAGAGCCGCCGCCCCGGUUUCUGUGCGAACAUCCCUUCCUCCCGCUUCCGCCGGCAAGACACCUUCCCCGACGACGUACCAGACCCCAGUCCAGAAGCUUGCCUCGCCAGUCAGGACCACCGCAGCCGCCCCUGCGCCGGCUCCUGCCGCUUCCCCUUCCUCGGGAAACGUCGAGGCCUCUCUUUCCCAGAUCACGCAGCUUCUUGAGCAGCAGAGCAGGAUUAUUGGUGCACAGAGCGACAAGAUCCAGGCCCAGAGUCAGAUCAUCAGCCAUCUUGCCACCGAAGUCGAGACCCUCAAGAAGAGGGUCGGACCCGGGCCGCAGGAUCAGAGCGAGAGAAUCAGACAGUUGGAGCUGGAGCUCGAGGCUGCUAGGUCGUAG